AUGGUUCAAAAACAACCCAGAGCCUCAGACAAUUGGGCUCCAUAUGACAGUCGCAUCGAGUUUGAGACUGCUGAGUUCCUGUUCAAACCUGAGCAAAUGUCAGCAGGUAACAUUGACAUUCUAUUCAACCUGUGGGCCGCAAGCCUAGUCAAGCAUGGUGAUCAUUCACCAUUCAUGAAUGUGACAGAUUUGUAUCAUGCAAUUGAUAUGACAGCACUAGGUGAUGUGAAGUGGGAGAGCUUUACUAUGUCAUAUCAAGGAGAGCAGCCGAACAGCGAAAUGGAUUAUGGCCUGUUUCAUGAGUUUCUACAUGGUGAAUGGCAGUUGAACGAUUUUAUGUCUGGUGACUGGGCCUGGAAUCAAGCGGAUAUAAUAAUGGUGGACAAGAAAACUCACAGUGCAGCGUUCAUGCCUAUCAUCCUCGGAAGUGAUAAAAUGACAGUAUCUGUCGCUACUGGCCAAAAUGAGUAUUAUCUCAUAUAUAUGAGUACAGGAAAUUCUCACAACAGCAUGCGGUGUGCACAUCGAGAUGCUGUUGUGUUGCUGGGGUUCCUUGCCAUUCUCAAAGCUGACAAGGAGUAUGCUGAUGACCCACUAUUUCAGAAGUAUCGCUGA